UGCUGGUGUACUACAGGAGUGCCUAACGGCCCCACCUGUUGCGGGAGACCGGUGAACGCUCUGCCACUGGGAUCAUGAAGGAUGACCUGCUCAUGCUGAACCUCUUCCCAGAGGUGCCCACCAACACCUACUCCAGCAGGAAUGAGAUUAUCUUUGUCAUCGACCGCUCAGGAAGCAUGCAUGGGGAAAAGAUAGAGAGUGCCCGGGCAACACUUCUUCUGUUCCUGAAGAGUCUGCCUCUGGGUUGCCUCUUCAACAUUGUCAGCUUCGGCUCAUCCUUCUCAGUGCUCUUCAAGAAGGGGAGUCGUGUGUACUCAGAGGCAACGCUGCGUGAGGCAUGCCAGCUGCAGGCCGCGAUGAAAGCCGACAUGGGGGGCACAGAAAUCCUGGCGCCACUCAAGGACAUCUAUGACAAGCCACCCAUACCUGGCUACUCAUGACAGAUUUAAGGUACAUGUCGCAUUCUUACUCACAGCAGCAGCGUGAUUUGUCCGAGAGGGAAAAACAAAGAAAAGAAAAUGUGAAAAAUGUUAAAAAUAUAUCUUUCAAGAGAAAGAAAAAUUAAAAACGUGAAAAUGUGAAUAAAAGUAAAAAAUAAAGAAGAAAAAUAAGAUAUUGUAAUACAAUUAUGUAUGUGUGUGAAAACCGUAACGUAAAAAAUAAAACAGAAAAAAGGAAAUAAAAAAAAUAGUAAAAUGAUGUAUAUCAAUGGGAAAAACG